AUGCUGCGCAGUGCUUUAGUCCCUUGUAAGGAUUCCUUAUCGAACACAAACCUCUUAAGGAGUGUUGUGGGGGGUUUCGGAAAUGUACAGUUGAAGAGAAAUCAGUCUACGCAGCCCGCAACGCAGCAAGAAGUUCGGCCAUGGUCCCCUCACACCAAAGACAAGAACAACUUGGCCGAGUACGCCUUCGCCAGGUUGGACGAUCUGUUGAAUUGGGGCAGAAAAGGUUCGAUAUGGCCCCUCACCUUCGGUUUGGCUUGCUGUGCUGUGGAAAUGAUGCACAUCGCUGCACCUCGAUAUGAUAUGGACAGGUAUGGUGUCGUGUUUCGUGCGUCUCCACGUCAGGCUGAUGUGAUUUUGGUGGCCGGUACCUUAACAAAUAAAAUGGCACCUGCUUUAAGAAAAGUUUACGAUCAAAUGCCUGAGCCUAGAUGGGUUGUUUCAAUGGGCAGUUGCGCCAAUGGUGGCGGAUAUUACCACUAUUCAUACUCUGUCGUAAGGGGUUGUGACCGCAUUAUUCCGGUUGACAUUUACGUUCCCGGAUGUCCGCCAACCGCCGAAGCCCUGCUCUACGGCGUCCUCCAGUUGCAAAAGAAAGUCAAAAGAAUGAAUACCUUGUCGAUGUGGUAUAGAAAAUAA